UUCGCCGAAUAGCAACUGGCGGUUUACGGUUUCGAGAAGACGCGCUCGCAGCGAGGUCAGUCCUGUGUGCUAAUACGUGAGUGAUACGUAGCAAAUUGUUGUCUUAAUUCAUUUUCAAAGAUACGCAUUAAAACGAAAUUUCACCCAUUCAGCUCGACAAGUCUGAAAUGUUACAGUUUAGGUGUUCACCUGUCCUGAAGGAGUUGUUUCACGUGAGCCUUAAGCGUCCGUUAGUCCGUAUCGCGAGACCCCACGCGCAGGCUUUCAGCACCGAUGGCGGCGUCAUCUCCAAAAUAAAGCCGUUUUUCGCCGCGGGAUCUCUCUCACACACUUCAGCAUGGACGAGAAGACUUUGUACAAAGACUGAAGGAGCGAUAGAACCCGGCGAGAAAGAUGGUACGGUCCAGGAAGCCGCCACGGACAAGAGAAGGAAGGCAGGGAUCAUGCCGAGUCUGGAGGAUCUGCUCUUCUACACCAUUGCCGAGGGUCAGGAGAAGAUUCCAGCCCACAAAUUUAUAACGGCGCUGAAGGCCACAGGUCUGCGAACAGGAGACCCCCGGCUGAAGGAGUGCAUGGAGAUGCUGAAGGUGACCCUGAAGUCCACGUCAGACGGAGUGAUGCUGGACCGCCACCUCUUUAAGAAAUGUGUCCAGAGCAACAUCGUGCUCCUGACCCAAGCGUUCCGCAAGAAGUUCGUCAUCCCUGAUUUCAAGACUUUCACCUCCCGCAUAGACGAGCUUUACGAGACUGGCAGGAACCUGUCCGGAGGUCAGGUGGCUGACUACAUUCCUCAACUCGCUAAGUUCAGCCCUGACCUGUGGGGCGUGGCUCUGUGCACGGUGGACGGUCAGAGACACACUGUGGGCGACACCAAGGUGCCGUUCUGUCUGCAGUCGUGUGUGAAGCCGCUGAAGUACGCCAUCGCGGUGCACGACCAUGGCACAGACUACGUGCACCGCCUCAUCGGCAAAGAGCCCAGCGGCUUACGCUUCAACAAGCUCUUUCUGAACGAGGACGUGAGCAUAUGUAGUGGGAAAAACUAUUUACAUGGAUCUCACGUUUCUUCAAACGUCAAAAUAAAAAGAGAUGAAGAUAAACCCCAUAACCCGAUGGUGAACGCCGGAGCGAUUGUGUGUACCUCUCUGAUAAAGCAAAAGGCAGGCAACGCGGAGAAGUUUGACUAUGUGAUGAACUUCCUGAAAAAGAUGGGGGGCAACGAGUAUGUGGGUUUCAGCAAUGCCACGUUCCAGUCUGAGCGUGAAUCAGGCGAUAGGAAUUUCGCCAUCGGCUAUUACCUGAAGGAGAAGAAGUGUUUUCCCGAAGGUACAGAUAUGACCUCUAUCCUGGACCUCUACUUCCAGCUGUGCUCCAUCGAGGUGACGUGUGAGAGCGCCAGCGUCAUGGCUGCAACCCUGGCCAACGGCGGCUUCUGUCCAAUCACGGGCGAGCGCGUGCUGAGUCCUGAGGCCGUCAGGAACACGCUGAGCCUCAUGCACUCCUGCGGCAUGUACGACUUCUCCGGACAGUUCGCCUUCCACGUGGGUUUGCCGGCUAAGUCAGGCGUGGCAGGUGGCAUCCUUCUGGUGGUUCCCAACGUGAUGGGUGUCAUGUGCUGGUCUCCUCCACUGGACAAACUGGGAAACAGCGUUCGAGGCAUCCAGUUCUGCCUGGAUCUGGUGUCUCUGUUCAACUUCCACAACUACGACAACCUGCGGCACUUUGCCAAGAAGCUGGACCCGCGGCGCGAGGGCGGCGAGCAGCGGGUGAGUGCGCUCUUUCGUUUGCCCGCCCACCUAUCCCUAGCGGCAUGCCCCAUCAACGCACUACACAGCGUCCUGUACGACAGCCCUGCUAUGCGCCGAUGGAUUACGAGUGUCUUCAGCAAGAGCUGGCUCUCAAAGAUUCUCUGUGGAAAAAAGUCUCGCCCACCGAGUCCAACGAAGACUCUUCCACGACUGUGAUCUAUAGGAUGGAUCAAGUCGGAGAGCACAACUAAACACGCCUGCGCUUCGGCUGGAGUAAAGGGCUGUACGCCACGUAUUUACGUCGCGCUGUGUUUAUUUGAUUUUAUUUUACGGUGUCUUGGUUUGGAACUUUGCAGCUUUUUUUUUUUUGUGUGUGUGUUUUUGUUCUUCUUCCUCUGUCUCAGGCAGACGCUUACACGUCUUUUCUGUUUCUGAAUGAAUACGAAACCAAAGAGAUGGACCUGAACCCAAGCUGGAGGUUAAAGAGGGAAGUGCUUGGUCAGGUUCAGAUGCAGGGAAAAAAGUGUCACGACGCUGAUCGCUCAGUCUUCUCUGCAGCACGGUGUUGGCAGACGUUAUGAGCUUUCCCCACACACACACACACACACACACACACACACACACACACACACACACACACGAUGUAUUGAUCAGGUGACGUCACGGAGGUCACGCAGGCCUGCUCGCGUGACCCCCAGCUGUGCCCGUACAGGCUCUUUAAUCGGCUCGACACGUUUCAGCUCCACUCGUUCACUUGAGUAUCGUUCAAAAGACCUCAGCAUGAUGAAUGCGGAGACGACGAAAUGAGCGUCAUGACCCCUUGUACUCUCACGUUGACCUCCAGUCCUGCAUGUGGCGCUGUUACAAAUAUUACAACAGUUUCCAUUCGAAUGCGAAAGUCGUGCCUUUGUUUGUAAAGACCAAUCACAGACUCGGUCGCGUGCUGUGUUCCUCCAUAGAGUUUUAUCCACGGCGAGCAAAACCUCCGCACGGCAUCCAUUUACUUCUGUUACAUCAAAUUACUCGCCAAACGUUGCCUCAACAGGAAGUUUGUUUAGCUUCCUCAAAAAGUCUUUCAUUUUGUAGCUUUUUUUUAAAUGUAGUGGCUUAGCUGCAACUACAUUAAAAAAGGAUUACCCACCGACCCCGCCCUCUAGUUCUCCACUGAGUGAGUUUAGUAGUUGUCUCAGAUUGGGGGCGGAGCUUAGCUUGCGCAUGGUAAAAUGUCAACUAAAGCCUGAAUGAGCCAGAUUCCAGUCAGUUCACAAGGCAAGGAAUCGUGGGUAUUUGACAGAAAACACUUGAUACGGAAUGAAAACAUAACGUUCAAAGUAAAACAUUGCUGAACUUAAAAACAAACAGUACUGACUGUACCGUGAAAAUGUAAUGUGCUUAUUUAAAAUGAAAUAAAUAUUAAUAUAUAUAUGAACUAUUAAUAAAUAUUAAAGAAAAUAAGAUAUACACCGAAACUGAACACACUCCAAAUAACAAAAAUGGAGAUAUCUGAAACGAAUCAAAAAUGCUUCAAAUAACACGAAAAAAUGAGUCCGCGAGGGUUUUUAUUUCGCCUCUAGAGGCCGCUCUCGAACCGUAUAACGACAGCGGAGUCUUCUCAGACGCUCUCGUGAAGGACGCAACUUGGGAAAAACUAUCGGUGUUUGUUGUAGGUGUAUUUUAUGGGCGGAGCUAACUAACCCGCUUGAGUGUAUACAAAAUGUACGUAUAAACGACGGUAAAUCUGCGUGUAUUGUAGUGGCUGACGCAUUGACACGUCAGAGUACGUUCCUUUACAUAUUAACCUUUUUAAAAAAAAAUGAAUAACGGGGCGUCAUUUUUACACAUCGCCUCGCUUCCCAGUGUGUUGUGUAUUAUUAACACAGCAGCGUCGAUCUCGGACCUCGUGCUGCUUCAUGUUCUGCACCGUUCCACAGCUUUUCUCUUCCAUCGCACCUUCACGCAUUGGGUCUAAAGACCCGAUCAGGAAGCGCGAAAACAACACGGUGUCCGAGUAUAACGAACACACGUUACGUAGCUUUUAAUGUUAUUCGACAGCCCCAGUUCUGGGGUUUUUUUGUUUUGUUUUUUUUAAACAUUAUUCCAUGAAGGAUGGAUUUCGCAAUUCCUGAUCGAGGCUUUUGACCGUGGAUUAUUUCUCACGCAAGAAAAAUUAGCCCCACAGAUUAAAUCUCACGUCGCUGUCUUGCAGCAGUAAUGAAACGUACGACAGCCACAAGGGGGCGAUGUCUGUUACUUUUUGUUUAUUUUUUCUUUUCGUGUGUGUGUGUGUGUGUGUGUGUUUUAUGUUCACGAAUGUAUAAUAUUGUUUCAGUCUUAUUUUUCCCAUGCUGACUAUGUCGUUAACCCACCUCACUGCUUUUUUUCAUUAUUUAAUGUUUGUAUCUGUGUAUACUGAACUGGAUUGUGUGUGUGUGUGGGGGGGGAUUUUUGUGUUUUUAUGUGGGCAGAAUACAGUGAUUACUUGAACAUGGGAAAGUGAUCCCGUUCUCAAUGUUACUAACGUGACUACUCCAGUCAUGCUGCUCAUCUGUUGGUGCACAAAAGACGAAUAUAAUAUAUAUAUAUUUAUAGAAACAUAAACAUGCUUUCCUCAUAGAAUUAAUACUCAAGUAUGUCAUGGAUGCUCUCUCUCACUGGCAGUAUUGCGCUCUCUCUGGCUGUUCACUUUCAUUUGCUGGCUGUUCAUUUAGUCCUAUUUUAUUUGAAUAAACUUGUGUAAACCCA